AUGGCCGGGAGAGGAAGCCAUGGCUUUGGAGAGCAGCCUUACAAGGAGAAGGAGGAGUCGGAAGAAGGUGUUGAAGUUGAGGGGAGAAGGGAUGGAGACCUUCACCUUGGAGAAAGCAGCCUGGUAGGGAAUUUGGACUGCUGGACCUUGUCUUCCUCCCAGGAGAUCCUGGAAGAUGAAGAACUUUUGGGGGAACUGAAGGACUAUCAACACCUUUUGGAAGAAGGCGAACAAGGUUUUGAUCUCGGUGAACUUCAAGAUCUUGAACGUGAUGUCAAUACUUCGGGUCUCCUGCCUGAGGAUGAAGGAAGUGCCAAGGAUCUUGGCCUGAGGUCUUACUUGCAACCAGAUGUGAUGUACGAAGUCGACAGCACUGAACCUGAGAAGCCAAGAGGGAUAUGGGAGUUUGGCAGCCAGGAGGAUGUUCAUCCUGAGCUCUCUUUUGAGGACCAGUAUGUCUCGGACUUCAGUCCCAGUCCUGAGAUCCUGCAAGACCCUCUCGCUUUGUAUAAAUGCAGCUUUGCCUCCGAUAAUGUAGACGAACUGUCUGAAAGCUCCAAUCUCAGCCCUUCUCCUUGUGGUCCUCCUCCAGUGUGCACCCAACUGGAGAUUGAACCUCGGAGUCUGCCUGGGGAUGGUCUGAACUUCCUUGAAGAUCGAAAGUUCUCCUUGGAGUCAGGAAGAAGCCUGGAAAGUCAUGGACGCAGUUCUCUAGCAAUUUCCUUGCAGUACAAUCAGCGACUCUUAGACUUCCAAUCUCUGGAAGAUCUUCAAAAUUGUCCCAGCAUCGAUGCCGAGACUUGUCCAGAAUUGUCAUGGAUGGAGAACUUGGAACGACCUCCUGAGGAGGAACCUCCAGCUGAGAUAGCUCAGCUUGCUUUGAACAACACCGAGGAAAGACUUUUGGAUUCGAGAAAGACAACACAGAUGUCCCAGAGGCGAGUUGGUGGCCAACUGGAGAAACGAACACGGAAGCUGGAAACAGAUGUACCCCAUGGGCUGUCGUCUAGAGGUCCAAGGCAGUCCAGGUCUCUGAGCCCUCAACGGAGGACCCCUCAGAAGAAAUCUGGACAUCUUGCUUUAAAAGAACCGGAUCGAGAGACUCAAUCAAACUCUGGAGCAAGGGACGUCACACAAUACGGCCGAGGACAGCUCAACUACCCCUUACCAGAUCUAUCCAAAGUGGAACCCCGGGUCAGGUUCCCCAAGGAUCCCCAAAGCUACCAUCCACCCCAAGGAAAGAUUUCUCCAGCUAGUAAGAAGGAGGUUAGGAAGCCGGUGAUCUUCAAGUCUCCUGCUGAGAUUGUCCGAGAAGUCUUGUUGAGCAGCACCGAAGGAUCUCCUCAGAAAUGUCCCACGCCGGCCGUCUCUGUUAUUCCCGAGGAACUGAAGUCCCCCAGACAGGCGACAGAGCUGGUGCAUCAGCUUCAGGAAGACUAUCACAAACUUCUAACCAAGUAUGCCGAAGCUGAGAACACCAUCGACCGAUUGCGGUUGAGUGCCAAGGUCCGCCUCUACAGCGAUCCUCCGAAGCCCAGCCAGGCGGCCCCUGAAAUGGGGAGAAUAUCAGAGGGGUCCAAAGUUGUAACCUUCAGCAUCCCUCAAAUCAGAUCCGCCGAGAUCACAAGACGGCCCAGCCAAGCGUCCAUAAGUGGUGAAGGAUUUCCCAGACAGCAAGUACAACACUCAUCCUUGAACAAUUCCACAGUCAUCGGUUCUUCUGAAGCAGAUCGUCCUAUCUCCAGCAAAACGCCUUUCUUGGGUGAUCAUCUCACACGAUUGUUAGCUGCCCAAACAAGUAAAUUUCAGAUCCAGAUGGAAUUCUUGGAGGACUUAAUUCAAACCGAUAGGCUGGAAGCCAUGGACCAGCUGAAGGGGUUUGCAAGACUGAAGGAAGCCCAAGAAGCCUUGGAACAAGCUUAUCUGCAGGCUCGGAAUAAGUACCAGCAGUUGAAUCCGAACGGAGCGAUGGAGUCCUUAGGAGAAUUUGAUCCCAGCCGGUACGUAGACAUCCCCACCCAGCGAAAACAGACCUUCAAAAAUCCACCUGGGUUUCCUCGUCAUCCCAUUCAGGCCUCCACCCCCAAGAAAAACGUCACUCAAGUCCAGCUGGAGGGGGACUUGAGUUCCAUCAGUGAUGGGGCUGGUGAAGAAGAAGAAGAUGAAGAAGAAGAUGGGGAUUUCCUGGAGCUCCCCCAACCUUGCAAGCGCCAAGAGGAAGAGGAGGACCUGGAUCAUCUUCUGGACCAGUGCAGCAGCUUCAGAUCUUUGCCAGAGGUUCUGAGUCACAAACACAAUGCAGAAGAACUGGGCUGUGAAGCCACCGCAGCUGCUGGGACAAAGAGUGGCUCCCCACAGAAGUCCUCUGCGGCUAAUAAAACUCCCCCUGCCCCCAAGGAACCUCACGAGAAGAACUCCAGAAAGGUCCACCAGCCAAGCCGCCAGAGCAGACGUUUGUCUUCCGUCCAAGCCGAAGCAGGUCUCCGUGAACCUGCAGAGAUCAACAGUCCCACCGUUGCUGUCCCCAAGACGUUCUCCAGAAGGCAGCAGGCAGAGUUUUCACCUCAAAGCAGCAUGGCGAGUGUGAGGGGUAGCCUAGCAUCGGAACGUGCAGCUCCACAUUUACCCCGGAAGACGAACACGACGUUGUGUGAGGAUCUGCGCAUUGUGUCUCCAGAGACAGACAGCGGUUUUGUGGGAUCAGAAACCAGCAGGGCAUCGCCUUUGGCACAGUUGCCCAAGCGCCAGUUGGCAAAGACGAGUUUCACUCACUUUUUCUACGCCCCUUUUUCUCUUUCCUUCCAGCCUGCUAAUUCUGCCCUCCGCGGAGUUCACCCUGACUCCGAGACAGAAACCGAGAGCCACGGUGCUACCAGUCUGGAUGGUAGCCCCCCUCCUCGUGGGAGAGAUAUCCCCAGUUCCUCCCCAAUUUCUCCGAACCUGGCCCAGGCUCGCCACAAGAACUUUCUUCACACACGCUUGGAACGAGAUGAAGCCAUUGAAGCUUUGAAACAUGAAGUCUCUCGGUUGCGACAAAUUCACCCUGACUCCGAGACAGAAACCGAGAGCCACGGUGCUACCAGUCUGGAUGGUAGCCCCCCUCCUCGUGGGAGAGAUAUCCCCAGUUCCUCCCCAAUUUCUCCGAACCUGGCCCAGGCUCGCCACAAGAACUUUCUUCACACACGCUUGGAACGAGACGAAGCCAUUGAAGCUUUGAAACACGAAGUCUCUCGGUUGCGGCAAAGUCUAGAAGAGUCUCUCCAUCGGCAGUCUUCUUCUCCCCACCCAUCUAUCGUCCAGGACAUGGUGCACCUUUAUCCAAGCAUCCCUCCAGCAGGAUCCUUCCGAGUCAGACGACGCAACGUCAAAGUUGCAGAAUGGAAGACCCCGGCCAGCUUCCAGGAUAAGACCUUCCAAACAACGCACUGUCCGGGGACCUUACACAGUCUGGAGUCUCAAGAGCCAAAGAGACUCGAAACCUCUUCUGUUGAUCCCCAGAAUGCCCAGUUACAGCACGGAGAAGACUCUGCAGCUCCCUUGCCAGGCAAGGAAACCAAAGGUUCCCCUAGGGAUGGAUCCAGACCUUCCAAGCAAAGACUGACUGAAGGAUGGAUGUGUCCUUCGUGUAAGGAUUUGGCAAACUCCAGGAACAAAGACAUAGCCGGGGCAGGAGACCACAAGGAGAUUGCUCCAGAAGGAACCUCUGGGACUCAACCAAAGUUUAGCCACCACCAGCAACCAAAACAGGCAGGUCUUUGGUAUUUGGCGGUACCAUCUACAGCUACCUCUAUGAAUUACAUCCCAGCUAUUCCCUUGGCACAGUGCCCGCUCUCGUCCAUAAUCUAUUCUCCGCCACCGCUCACUACCUCAAUCUGCUCCUCAGCAGCUCUUCCGGCUUACGAUUCCAGCAGACGGCAAGCCACCGAGUGGAAAACGUCACGGCAGCGUCUCCGGGAUCAUCCCUCUUGCUUCCCUUCCGCCAGUUUGGAAGACUUGAACUGGACUUUAAGCCGGGCCGUGGAAGCUGCUAAAGACAUGAAGUUCACCACCGAACAGAUGAAUCAAUCUCUCCGUUGGGCCCUAAAAAAAGCCAGGAGUCCCAGGACAUCUCGUUUCUUCUGAUGAGGAUGGACCGAGAGAGGGGAAAACCCACUUCCUCGAUUGAAUGGAACGGGGGACCAAUAAAAUGGACCCAGUGGCUUGCCUGUUGGACUCUGGACACUUGGGUUGGGUUUCAUGUGCCAAAGAACAAGUCUUAGUUGAGAAGGGAGAAUAAUGUAUCCUCCAUUGUUUGGAGGAAGUAGCCUUUUGCAACCGUGCUUCCUGUAUUUCGCUCCCUGACUUGAACCAUUGGGGUGACUUCUGCUUUUUUUUUUGUUGUUUUUUUGAAAGUCUCUUUUUGAUCUUGACUUUGUAGCUUCCUCUCAGGGACAUUGAUCUUAAUCAUGUUAAUAAU